AUGCCCUGCAAGGCACUGGCCCUCUGCCUCCUGGGGCUUCUGGCUCUCUCCUCUGCUUGCUACAUCCAGAACUGCCCCAUCGGGGGCAAACGUGCCGUCCUGGACAUGGACAUCAGAAAGUGCCUGCCCUGUGGCCCCCGGAACAAGGGCCACUGCUUCGGGCCCAACAUCUGCUGUGGGGAAGAGCUGGGCUGCUACAUCGGCACCUCGGAAACCCUGCGGUGCCAGGAGGAAAACUUCCUGCCCACCCCCUGCGAGUCGGGACACAAACCCUGCGGCACCGGAGGGAGCUGUGCCGCCCCUGGCAUCUGCUGCAGCAGUGAGGGCUGUGGGGCCGACUCAUCCUGCAACCAAGAAAUGCUGCUUGUGUAG